CAAGAACCCUAAAAAAAACCUGACCCGUCAGAGAAUUGGAGGAAAAAACCAGACCCAGAUCAUCAGAAUCAUCAUGAGAAGCAUGGUGAAGAAGUUACUAUGCUGCGGAGCCAAGAGCUUUGCAAAAACAGCAAUACCAGAAGAAGGAAGAGUUCGUGUUUAUGUCGGGAACGACAGAGACACGCAAUGCAAGUUAGAGAUGGAGGCUGAUUUCUUGAACCACCCACUGUUCGAAGACUUGCUUCGUUUGUCGGAAGAAGAGUUCGGAUUCUCCUACAACGGCGCGUUGAGGAUCUCUUGCGAGAUCGAUGUUUUCAUGUACUUGACUCAUCUCCUCAAGUCCGGAGACCCUUCCGUGCAUUACAUUGAUCUCCACGAUCUUAUCUCCAAGUUCUACUCAGAGAGUAACAAUUAAUGGCGAUUUGGGAUCUAACGAUAAGAGAAGAACAAGAAGAUAGCGUCUCAUGAAGAACCAUGUGUGCGUUGGAUCAUACAUGCAUUCGUACAAGUAUACUUCAUCGUUCUUUUCUUGAUUAGUAAUCUCGAACAUUCUUGGAAAGAUCUUGUUUUUAUUCUUGGUUCGAUUAAAAAAAAAAAAAGUAUAGGAAAUACUGAAGCCAUUGAAAAUUUGUAUCAAUGGCCUCAUCCCAUUCUUUUUCUCUUUCCUUUUAUUUUCACAGUCAUAUAAUUCAAUGUCCUCGGCGAUAUAAGAAGAUUUG